UCGCAGUACGCUUGCCAUUUGCGUUUGAGCAGUUCAAGGAGAAAAGUCUUCGAAAAUGUUCAGAACUGCGCUCGUCUUGGCGAUGGCCUUCGCAAUGGCCGUCGCUGUGUUUAGUCCGGCUCAACCCAAAUCCGUUGACAAAGGUAGAGAAUUAAGGCUGCUUAAGGAGGCGGAACUUCGUCGAAGAACCGGUGGAAGCUCGUCCCGUAUUUCCGGUGGAACUGUUGCAUCAUCUACGGACAUUCCGUGGGCUGCCGGAGUGAUCAUCCAUGGGGGUACUUCUGGUCAUGAUUUCUGCAGUGGUGUGCUGAUCUCCAGUCGAUUCGUGCUUACUUCGGCUAACUGCGUGGAGGGGGCUAAUACGGUAACCGUGGCACUGAAUGCAGCUAACAUGGCUAAUGUAGGAACGCUAAUCGGAGUGUCGAAUGUUCUGAUUCAUCCGGAUUUCAGCUGGCUGCUUGGUCGAGAUGAUAUCGCCAUUUUGACGCUCAGCAGCGAUGCUCCAAUCGACAACGUCACAAUUAGAGCGGCUCAGAUGCCACGUCGGUCGGAUGUGGGAAAUAGUUUCAACAAUUGGGUAGCCACGACCGCAGGAUGGGGAAACACGGGUAAUCGUGAUGACGAACCCAUACCUACACAGUUUUUGCAAUUCACCACGGAUACUGUCACUUCGAAUGCGGCAUGCCAGCUUUCUUACGUUUGGAUUAGAAGCACCCACAUUUGUAUACAAACCAACAACGGAGGGCCGUGCAAUGGUGACGAAGGAGGUCCAGUAACGAUUCAGGAGGCAGGCAGAAUAUUUUUGGUUGGACUUCACUCCUUUCACUACAGUGGUUUGUUUGGAUGCGAUCGUGGCCGAUCGGCCGUGGCUACUCGUAUCACCGAGUAUCUCGACUGGAUUGCUGCUAACACGGAUGUUGAGAUUCCGGCUUAGGACAUGGCUAUGAUCUGUCAUGAGGUAGGACGUAUUCGUUGUUUUGCAACAACAAACAAUAAACCAGCAUUAAUACCAGUUUUGUAAACAAUGAGUUUUCAUAAUGACAAAUGAUAUGUGUUCAGAUCGAACAAUAGAGAACCUCUCUAACAAUCGACGUUUUACCAGCCGAUAAAAGCUAAA